CAUCUGAGACUUUUAAUUGGGCCCGGGCCGCCACAGGGGGACAGCGGACGGCAUUCCUCCACUGCCUGCGCCCUGUGUUGCUCUUCUCUGCGUGGCUCUGGAUAACGUGCACAUGCCUACGCAAACUUGAGCUGCUGGAGUCCUUCUGACCGUGACUAAUGCACUGACGCGUUGGCUACGUGGUGGAAAACGUUAACUUUACUAAUUACCAGAUUUUCGAGUUAUAGUCUCAAGAUAGCGGAGGUAAGCUCUCGAAGAGACAGUUGUGCCAUCUUUGCUGGGAUCUGCGCAGGGGGUGCGACGGCUGAGACGCGACCGUACUGCUUCUGAAGAGACCCCCAACACUGACCCCACAGGAAACCGACAGCAAUCGGUGUUGAGGACGCGCACCGCUACCUGAUUUUAAACUUCACAACACUGACUUUCCUGCUACUUCAGUUGUGUUGUGUGCCUGUGACCUUACAAAGGGAUAAAUGAUCACCUCAACCAGAAGAGUGUCUCCUGAUAAAUCUGAAGUUAGAAUUGCCUUCAGCCUCGAUGACAACUCAGAUGUAAAAGAUGUGGAGGACCUCUCCCAGACUUUCCCAGAUCUUGAACAGCGACUACAGCCGGUGCCUCCUUGCGUGUCUCUGAGAGAGAGCGUUCAGGUGUACAAGGAGCACUGCAGGAUGGCAAGAGAAUUUCACCAGGUCAAGAAUGAGAUUGCUGUGCUCGAGGAUCGCAAGCGCAAGUUGCUGGCAGAGCUGGUGGAGGAUGAGAAGGUUGCCAUGGAGAUUGCCCGUUUGGAGGAGGAGUUUCGGCGUCUGACAGAGGAGAACCGCACCUUGGUGACUGUCCACAAGGAGCGUGCCAAGCAGCUGGAAAGGCUCUGCCUAAACAAUCGAACAAGGCAAGACUCCUCGUGACCUCUGAUCUCCACAGAACCUAAGACCACCAGACUUCAAGCUGACACUAGGCCAGGAACUAAAGCUCGGCUAGUGCUCAUUUUACUCAACCACAUUCUAUGAAUCAGCUAAUUACACAGAAAGCUGUUGUUUAUAUUCAUGCCUGAGUCAUUUGCUUGAACCACAGACAUGCGGUUAUCAAGUUGUUUUAGUGAUUCUCCCAAGCUAUGACACACUGUCAGUUAUCUGGGUACUGCUUUGUCUUCAUGCGAUCAUGCAGAACCUUCCUGGGUGCUAGUGGAAUAUCUAAAAAUCAGUACAUUCAUACUACGUCAGCUGCUGUGAAUCUGAUAUCUGUCUUAGGUCCGGUGGAGACUCAAAUGUUUUACCUGAGGUCUGCUGAGGAAGCCAAAGGUGGUAUGAUGUGGUCCAAGUGUUUUAUUUUAAGGAGUGCUUAGUCUCCUCUCCCUCUCUCCUGCACCCAGCGCACCGAUGAGUGUUUAACACAGUGUCAGGGAUCUGGAAAUUAUAACCAUUUGUGAGGAACAGAAAGAUAAUGGGUGAUUAUCCAUUUCACAGUAUAUAUGUUGCAACACAACACUGUAAGAGUUGUACAUUUUUUUUUUUUUUUUUAAAUAGUGUAUGAAGUGUAGAAGGUG